UGAAAUCGUUUGCCCAUACAUCAAAGAAUACAUCAAGUUAAAGUGGGUGAAGGCGGUGGACUAUGCUGUACAAGCUAAAUUGUUCAUCUACGAACUACCCAGUUCGAGUGGCUCAAGUCGUUCAAUGGAUAAAAAUCCUCGUAUACUUUAUUCCGAUGAAGAUAUUGAAUUUGAGGGCGACAGCAAAACAUGCAUUGCGUUGGAUAAGCCGGUCAUAAUUCGACGUGGUUUCAAGUACCGAAUUCGAUUCGAACUAGACGUUGAAAAUUACCCUUUGUGCACCAACAUCGAAUAUCACUCUCAAAAAGUAAAACUCGACCAAGGAACCACAAUUCAAUUCCAUAGCCCCGAUGAAGGCAGCACACAAGGACUGAUUUAUGGCAUGAAAUUCAACCGCAUUUAAAGGCGAUCGCAGUUUGAAAAGACUGUAAAACGAAGGAAGGCUAUGGAGGACAAAACGAUAUUAGCAUAGAGAGUAAGGAACACACUAUGAAAAGGCGGAGAAAUCGACAUUUAAAUUUUAAUAACGAAUUACAACUUAACUCAUUCCAUUGACUGGAUUCUAAAAUAGACAAAAAACUAAAUCAACGUGUAGUUCAAUAUUUUUUAUGGUUCGAUUUUCAAAUUUAUUAUUACGAUCUAAGCUAUGGCCAACCAUUUUUUGUUUUGUCAAAAGUUGUACAUGUUUUGGGAUUAUUAUGUUCAAGCAUACGUAUUCACUUGAAUUGCGUAUAAAAUAAAGACUUUAAAUUGUGAUUUGGCUCUGACACUUUUCAUUCUUGUGUUCAUUCCGACGAUGAAGUUACAUGUUCAUAUUGGGGAGAGAGAGAGAGUGCAACACUGCGGCUGUAUUUUCCAAUAAAAUUCCCAGAAAACCAAUUGGCUUCAUCGGGUUGUUCUAUGGUUGCAAUUCAAUUGUCAAUCGAGUCAUCAAAUUGUUGGACCAAGUAUUGAAAGCGAGGGGCAAAUCACUCUAAGUCUUGUCUGAAAGCAUAUAUAUCUCUUUCAACGUUCACAUUCACGUUCACCAUGGCAUCUAUUCCCAAAUUCAUUGUUGAACAAAUCAAUAUGUGGAUACAACAUCGUAUGUGUUACACUGCAAUUAAGACUUGUUCACAAUUAUGUCGAGCUGGUCGUUGGCUCAACACUACCACAUUAAUGACUGUCUUUGUGUGCGUCAUGGGAGGAAUAUGCGGACACGAACAAAUAAGUGACACUGGCCGAUGAACGCAAUUUUGUUUCUAACUCAAAGCUGAACGACGUAUAUAGAACCGAUUGUAUUUUCGGAUUUGCAGAUUGCAAAGGAAAUAUGAGCAGUGAAUUUUCGUGAUGAAAUGCAUCUUUUAGACUGAACCAGUUUCCAUGGCGUCAACAUGGAUUGGUUUCAGUGGUGGCGAACGGUACGGAGUAUCAAGACCUGUCAACACAACGCUUCAUCACACAAGAGCUGCAGCAAAUUUGCAUGUUUGAGUUGGAUCACUGAACAAGAACGACGCAAAAUGGGCAAUUCACCAUCAAAAUCUGAUGUGGAAGCAUCACAGCCAGCAAAGCGGUCGUGCAACCAGAGUUGCAGUGAAAUCACCAGUCCGAAGAAGCCAAAGAUCACUGUCGAUCCAUUGCACCUGACCGAUAUCAACGAUGAUUGUUUGGAGGUGAUUUUCAAGUGUUUGGGUUGGGCCGAUUUGGUGAAUGUUGCCGACAGUGAUGAACGCUUCGUUGGUGUCGCACAAUCCGUUUAUUCCCGUCGCUAUCAAUCGAAGGCAGUCUCUUUGAACCUCAAUGCAAUUGACUUCAAAGCAGCACACGAUAAAAAAGCACACGCUGACCCCAAGAUUGGAAAAGAAAUUGCCGAGGCAUUCUUUCGUCAAUUCGGUCACUUGGUUUCGAGUGUGUCGUUCAAUUCCAUGGCUCAGUAUGCAAUCAACAUUGAGAAAUCGCUGCUGAAACACUGUGCCGAUUCACUGACAGCUUUGGAAUUGCUUUUGUGUCGUCACAUCAACUUUGAAACACUCAACGAACCGCUGGAAAAGGUCGAGAGCCUAGCAAUCACCAAAAGUUUCUUGGGUCAAAAGUUGUCGAAGCUGAACAUUUGGUUCCCGAAUCUCGUCAGUUUACGAUUGGUCCAAGUGGAAUUGCAGCAACCCAAGGCAUUGGAAGUAAACUUCGCACAGCUCAAGCAAUUGGUGAUUUACAACGAAGACCAGACCAUUCCACAAGCAACAAUCGGUGAACUGCUACGAUUCAAUCCACAGCUCAAGACGCUGAUUUUGCAGUGCAAAUUGGAUGUUGAUUUUCUUCAGCGCAUCGCCGAAUGUACGUCGCUGGUGGAAACGCUUGAGCUAUGGGCGCCAAAUGACCGAUUCGAGAGCUUCGGUGAGCAAAAGGUUUCAUUUGAAGGUGUCAAGAAAUUCAAGUUGAACAGUUGGUUCCAUUGGGGCGAAUUUCUUCUCGGCGUGCCAUUUAAGUUCAGCAAACUGGACAAAUUGUCGCUGAAUGGAUUCAACGAGUUCAAGGGCGAAAUGUUGAAUUUCAUCAAGCAAAAUCAAGAUGUCACCGAACUCAGUUUGCUGCCGAUUCUUGAUGACUGGGAUGAUUUGACGUUUGAUGACUUGGAAUCAAUCGUCGUGUCGCUUCCGAAAUUGGUUGAAUUGGAAUUUUGUGGUGACCUGUUCACCCGAAAAGAGUUAAUACUGUUGCUGUCGAAAAACAAGGACUUGAAGAAAGUGCGGCUUUGGAUGCCUGAGUGCGAUUUCGGUUCCCCAAAAUUUUGCCGUUUCCGAAGUGCCACCGAAGUUGAAUGGAUCAUCACGACACAUUCGGUCAACACGAAAAGUUGUGGAAAUAACAAGCGAUACGGUUAUAUCAAACUUGAACGCCAGAGUUGAUUGAAUUAACACACAAAUUAUGCAUAUUUUU